GGUGUGGGACUCCGUGUCUUCGGUCCAAGAUGGCUGCAUCCAUAGCGCGGCGCUUGCGGCCUUUGUUGGCUGGCCAGGGGCUCCGGUUUCGGAAAGGUUGCAUCUACAACCAGAGCCCAAGAAGCUUCGCUACGGAAAGACGACGCCGGAACCUUCUGUACGAGCACGCGCGCGAGGGCUACAGCGCGCUCCCUCAGUUGGACAUGGAGCGUCUGUGCGCAUGCCCCGAAGAAGUCGCGCGCGCCCUGGAGCUCCGCAAGGGGGAGCUGCGGCCGGACGACCUGCAGGGGAUCAUCUCAUCAUGGCAGGAGCUGAGGCAGCUGAGGGAGCAGAUCCGGGUCCUGGAGGAGGAGAAAGGAGCUGUGGCAGAGGCCGUGCAGGCCCUAAUGGUAAACCAGGACAGCAAUCAAGUGAAACAGGACCCCCAGUAUCAGAGUCUGCGGACCCAUGGCCGGGAGAUCCGGAAGCAGCUUGUGCUCCUGUACCCCAGAGAGAUGCAGCUGGAGGAGCAGUUUUACCUGUGUGCGCUGAGGCUGCCCAACCAGACCCACCCCGAUGUGCCCGCCGGGGACGAGAGCCAGGCCCGCGUGCUCCAUGUGGUGGGAGAGAAGCCAGCUUUCUCCUUCCAACCCCGAGGCCACCUGGAGAUCGCAGAGAAGCUUGACAUCAUCCGCCAAAAGCGCCUCUCUCACGUGUCAGGCCACCGCUCCUACUACCUGCGCGGGGCUGGGGCUCUCUUGCAACAUGGCCUGGUCAACUUCACACUCAGCAAGCUUGUCCAGCGGGGCUUCACCCCCAUGACGGUGCCAGACCUGCUCCGAGGAGCUGUAUUUGAAGGCUGUGGGAUCACACCUAAUGCCAACCCAUCCCUGAUUUACAACAUUGACCCCUCCCGCUUUGAAGACCUCAAUCUGGCUGGGACUUCGGAGGUGGGGCUUGCAGGCUACUUCAUGGACCACUCAGUGGCCUUCCAGGACCUGCCUGUCAGGAUGGUCUGUUCCAGUACCUGCUACCGGGCCGAGACACACACGGGCAAGGAGCCGUGGGGCCUGUACCGGGUGCACCACUUCACGAAGGUGGAGAUGUUUGGGGUGACAGGCCCUGGACUGGAGCAGAGCUCACAGCUGCUGGAAGAGUUCCUAUCCCUUCAGAUGGAGAUCCUGACGGAGCUGGGCUUACACUUCCGGGUCCUGGAUAUGCCCACCCAGGAGCUAGGCCUCCCCGCCUACCGCAAGUUUGACAUUGAGGCCUGGAUGCCAGGCCGCGGGAGCUACGGUGAGGUCACCAGCGCUUCCAACUGCACUGACUUCCAGAGCCGCCGUCUGCACAUCAUGUUCCAGACUGAGGCUGGGGAGCUGCAGUUUGCCCACACGGUGAAUGCAACAGCCUGUGCCAUCCCCCGCCUCCUCAUCGCCCUCCUGGAGAGCAACCAGCAGCAGGAUGGCUCGGUCCUCGUGCCCCCUGCCCUCCAGCCCUACGUGGGCACUGAGCGGAUCACAGCCCCCAGCCACGUGCCUCUCCGCUACAUCGGCCCCAACCAGCCCCAGAAACCCAGGCUCCCAGGCCCACCUGCCUCAAGCUGAGAGAACCCACCUUCUGCGGUCUCCAUGGUUGUUGCCACUUCUUGGAGUUCAGGGAACCCUGGACCCCUGCAGCCUGUCUUCUUGAGCUGGUUUUGACAUCUGCAUUCCAGUUACCCUUUCCCCCUCUUGUUGAGAAUCAGUCAGUGACCUUUCACAUGGAGAUGGGCCGCAGAACCUCCUCCCUCCCUCCUUCCAUCCUUCCUUCCAUCCCUCCUUCCCUCAGGGCUCAGCAGGACACUUAAUAAACAGAGGUCAGAGCAAAAUCCUUCCUGGGUCUGGAAAUGAUGUACCUGGUAGAGUGCACACAUUACAGGGCACAGGGACCCAGGCUCAAGCCCCCAGUCCCCACCUGCAGGGAGGAAGCUUCACAAGCAGUGAAGCAGUGCUACAAGUGUCUAUCUUUUUCUGUCUCCCCUUUCUCAAUUUCUGCCUCUAUCCAGGAUAAAUAAAUACAUGAGCUUGAACUCA